GGCAGGGGGAAUCCCGCUAAGUGUUUAGAGUGUCCGCGGCGCCGCGGCCCCGGCAGUGCGCGCCACUCCUUCGUCGAGGCAGGACGUGCGCUCUAGCCCGAACGAGCAGAGACCCGCGGGAGCCGUCCCCAGCCGGAGCCGCGUGCCCCGAGUCCCCCGCCGCCCGGGCAUCCUCCGCCGCCGCCUCCUCCUCGCUCGCACCCGGAACCGCGCUCCCAGCGCCGUCACCACGCCGGGACCCUCGGACGCCGCCGCCGAGCACGCUCGCUGCAGAGCCAACAUGCCCAUCACUCGGAUGCGCAUGAGACCCUGGCUAGAGAUGCAGAUUAAUUCCAACCAAAUCCCAGGGCUGAUCUGGAUUAAUAAAGAGAAGAUGAUCUUCCAGAUCCCAUGGAAGCACGCUGCCAAGCACGGCUGGGACAUCAACAAGGACGCCUGUCUGUUUCGGAGCUGGGCCAUUCACACAGGCCGAUACAAAGUAGGAGAAAAGGAGACAGAUCCCAAGACAUGGAAGGCCAACUUCCGCUGUGCCAUGAACUCCCUGCCUGACAUCGAGGAGGUGAAGGAUCAGAGCAGGAACAAGGGCAGCUCUGCUGUGCGGGUGUAUCGGAUGCUCCCGCCCCUCACCAAGAACCAGAAGAAAGAGAGAAAGACCAAGUCCAGUCGAGACGUGAAGAGCAAGGCCAAAAGGAAGUCAUGUGGCGACUCCAGCCCCGAUGCCUUCUCUGAUGGACUCAGCAGCUCCACCCUGCCUGAUGACCACAGCAGCUACACGGCUCAGGGCUACCUGGGGCAGGACUUAGAUAUUGACCGGGCCCUCACUCCAGAGCUCUCAUCCUGUGUCAGCUGCACUCUCCCGGAGUGGCAGAUGCCCGUGGACAUCAUGCCAGACAGUACCAGUGACUUGUACAACUUCCAGGUGUCACCUAUGCCUUCCUCUUCUGAAGCAGCCACAGAUGAGGACGAGGAAGGGAAGCUGCACGAGGAUAUCAUGAAGCUCUUGGAGCAGUCAGAGUGGCAGCCGACACACGUGGACGGGAAGGGGUUCCUGCUCAAUGAACCCGGCAUCCAGCCCACCUCUGCCUACGAGCUCAGCUGCAAGGAGGAGGCUGAAGUUGACAGCCCUGGGGGGGAUCCGGGGAUGAGCGUACACCCUGUCUUCACAGACCUGAAGAACAUGGACUCCAUCUGGCUAGAGAACAUGCUCACCCCAGUCAGGCUGGCUUCCGUCCAGCCCAUCCCCUGCGCACCCUAGCAGGGCCCAGCCCCGCUGACUCCUCGAAAAACAGAACCUGGCAUUCCUGGUGGCUGUGGUGCAGAGAAAUGGGACUCCAGUGGGCUCCCUACCGUGUCCACAAGACCCCACUGCUGCAUGGGGAGGGGGCCUUCCUCUUUGGGUCAUUAACCUCGCACGAACUGGCAGGCCAGAAAUGGGGCUCAUCUUAGGGGGUCCAGCCAGCCUACCUCCCCAGAAAGAAGAUGGGCUAUUCUGAGUUGGGAGUGUCCAGUGGAGGUUGCAGAGAGCUAAGAUCCUCCUCUUCCGACCCUCUUGAGUCCAGCUGCCUGGAGAUGCUGUCCCAGAGCCAGCCCGAGGCGCUAAACUGAUCAGCAGAUCUACUGACCCCAGGGCUGGCUCUGCACUAAGACAUUGCACUAAGUGAAUCCUGCUCCCAAGGACCCACCUCCCUUCCCAGCUGAGCCCUGGGGACUGACUGCUGAAGCAAGUGAAAUGUGAAGGAGACUGUUGGUCCUGUGGGACAGUGUUCCCCCCCCCCCCCCCCCCGCCUCCGAGCGGCUCUACCCCCCACCCCCCUUUCCCUGCAUGGGCUGAGGGGCUUGGGAAAACCAUGGCACUUUCUCUGUGGAUCAUGCCACAUUUUUGAUCAGAGGUGUACACUAACAUUUCCCCACCAAGCUCCUGGCCUUUGCAUUUAUUUAUAUAGUGCCUUGCCCCCCCACCUGCCCAUCAUCCCCACACGUACCCCUCAGGUCCCAGCAGCCCUCAGCCCAGGGUGGGAAGUGUGAGCACCUUGUCGUGAGUUAAAAUUGGAAACACCAUCUAACCAGGAUCAUACUUGUAUAUAGCAUGUAUAUAUUGAUGUAAAUACAAACGUCUUUUUAU